UCUGCCUCGCCACACUUAGCUCUGGCCAUUCUUCCUUUCAUCGUUCACCCUCGUUCAUUAGGAAGAUUUUAAUUGCCAGGAUCUCACCACAAGAGUUUAAACGUUACUCGCUCAAAAAAGAGGGGCUGCUGGUUUUUAUCUCCUUUUAUUUCUUGAAAUAUGAGCGAACAUGCGAAAACAGAGAUGUCGUGUGGGGACCAGGGCGGGGGGGCACCUUGGUACCCUCUGAGGAAGUGGUGGCAGCCCAGCUGGCUUCUCAAUCAGGAUGUUGGCCUGCCACCUCUGCUGGAGCCGGGGGACGCUCGGUGGAUGGACAUGGAGCGGCUCCAGAGGAGUCUGGCAGGAUGUUUCGUACCCGCUCCACUGUUCGUGCCCUACAUCUCUGGGUCGGUGCAUCAUCCCGGCCAGAAGAUCAGCAAGUGGAGGGUCGGCAUGGACGUGGCUCACUUCUCCCCCUCAGAGAUUUCUCUCAGCGUCAGAGAUGGAUUCCUGGAGGUUGAAGGGAGGCACGAGGAGCGGCCAGACGAGCAUGGAUUUAUUGCCAGAUGUUUUACAAGGAAAUACAGGCUCCCAGCUGAGGUGGAUGUUACCAACAUCACGUCGACGCUUUCUGUUGAUGGGAUUCUGACUGUGGAAGCGCCAGUUCCUGAAACCUCUGUUCCUGCUGCCAUCCUCAUUCCUAUAAAGGUGGAAAAGGAAAGUAGUGGAGAGGAAGAAGAGGCCUCUCAUACAGAUGCAGAUACCUGCUCAGCACCAGGUCACCCAGAGUCUUCAGAGGAUCAAACAGAAACGUCUCCGUCAGAUUCCCAGCUUGGCAGCACCUCAGCUGGGCUUCAGCAGCAUGAAGAGAGGAGGGAAGAGGAGGAGGAGACCCGUGAAAAGCCAGCUGGAGAGAGCCACCCUUCAGUGCCUGCAGACGACGAAGGCACAGAGAGUCUUCAAGGUUCUUCUAAGCACCGUGAAAUGCUGGAAAGCCAAGAAGGCCCAGAAACGUCCAAACAGCUGGAGCACAAAGAGGCGGCCGUGGAUGGAGAGAUCCAGGUAAUGGCGAGCUCAGAGGAAGCUGCCGUGGAGAUCACCCAGCCUGUGGAGCAGGAGCUGGGCACCGGUCCACAGAGUGACGUCCAGAGCCAGGAGCUGGAGGCUGCCGACAUAAAGCAAGAGUGAACACACAAUAAAACACAAUAUCAUGAAGGCAAAGUACUGAAACAGCCUGCACAGCUUGUCUUGCGUCAGUUCCACAGAUGCAUUUUAGUCAAUAGCCUUUUAACCAUGCUGUCUUUGGAGCUCCAAUAAAGCACAAGCGUGUGAAAAUGCUAAA